UGGACGAGAGAAUGUCUUGUUUAGGAAGCGUGAUAUGAUGGAUGCAUGCGCUAAAUCCACUACUGUCUGGAGGGCAGUGCGCUGUCGGACCGGCUCCAACUUCAGAUGCUCCGAUGCUGAGAACAAGCAAACUGAUCUCCAUGUGAAGCUAUCCCAUGAUGCAACAUGUGUCCCCAGCACCAGCAUUGACCAUGAUGGCCACACAGAGCGUCCCUCCACCAUCGUACCAGGAGAGCCAACAGAUGACAGGCACUACGCAGCAAAACUCAAAGGCUCAGCAUGUCCACCUCUCUGCAGCCUCAGCGGCAGGGGCCACACAGGUCAGCGUGACCCUUGACCCCCAAGCCCAACUGGAGUCAGACAAACGAGCCGUUUACAGGCAUCCUCUUUUUCCUCUUCUGGCGUUGCUGUUUGAGAAGUGUGAACAAGCCACGCAGGGAUCAGAAUGCAUCACCUCUGCCAGCUUUGACGUCGACAUCGAGAACUUCGUCCACCAGCAAGAACAGGACCACAAGCCUUUCUUCAGCGAGGACCCUGAACUAGACAACCUGAUGGUGAAGGCGAUCCAGGUGUUGCGGAUUCACCUGCUGGAGCUGGAGAAGGUGAACGAGCUCUGUAAAGACUUCUGCAACCGUUACAUCACCUGCCUCAAGACCAAGAUGCACAGUGACAAUCUGCUACGGAACGACCUGGGCGGCCCGUAUUCACCAUCACAGACCAACCUCGGCCUGCAGCAGGACCUGCUUCAGAACUCAUCCCCAUCCCUCACCUCUGUCUCCAGCACAGUAAACCCCUCUGGGAUCGUGGUCCCUGCCGGUUUGCUGCAACAGAGCAACGUUGCCAUGACCACUAUCAACUCUCAGGUGGUCUCAGGUGGGACGCUGUAUCAGCCGGUGGCAAUGGUUACCUCACAGGGGCAGGUGUUGACCCAGGGGUUACCACAGGGAACCAUCCAAAUCCAAAACAAUCAGGUGAACCUGGACUUGUCCUCACUCUUGGACGGCGAUGACAAAAAAUCAAAAAACAAAAGAGGCGUCCUUCCCAAACAUGCCACAAACAUUAUGCGUUCCUGGCUCUUCCAGCAUCUCAUGCAUCCUUAUCCUACAGAAGACGAGAAAAGACAGAUCGCAGCACAAACAAAUCUGACCUUAUUACAGGUGAACAACUGGUUUAUCAAUGCCCGCAGGCGUAUACUGCAGCCCAUGCUGGAUGCCAGUAAUCCUGACCCUGCUCCCAAAGCCAAGAAGAUGAAAUCUCAGCACAGACCCACGCAGCGCUUCUGGCCCGACUCCAUUGUAGCUGGAGUCCUGCAGACACACGGAUCCCACUCCACAAACAAUUCAGACAAUUCUCUUGGCAUGGACGGCCUGCAGUCUCUGUCCUCAGACACCGCCACACUGGCGAUGCAGCAAGCCAUGCUGGGAGGAAAUGAGGAUUCCAUGGACGGCACAGAGGAGGAGGAGGAGGACGACGAAGAGGAGGAAGAGGAGGGAAUCGACGAGGAGGAAGACGAAGAAGAAGACGAAGAAAUCGAGGGAGGCAGACAGAUGGCUCGGAGAGAUCUGGGCCUCAACCACAACGAAGGACUUGAAUAAAGGAUCAGAUAGACGAAAAUGUCAAAAUUGACUUAACUCCUACUCAUCCCCAUGGCAACACAUCUCAACACCUGAAGGUUUCCAGUGGACACUAAGUGCUGUGGAACAUCCAAUCAGAAUGAAGAGGAGGGGCCUGUUAUGGACUCGAUGAAUGAAUAAAAUUCAUGUUAAAGUGAGAAUUCGAAGGAGGACAGAAGAACAUUGUACUGUAUAUUGGGCCGUUAGCCAAGCUCUCAUGCAUAUAAUCCAUUUAAGCCUUACUUUGUUUAAUAUGUCUCUUUGGUUCUCAGGUGUCUUAGCAUGACAUAAUGUCUACCCUCUUACAGUCAUAUUGAUAACCAUGCAAUGAGUGGAUGUUUUAGGCAUGUUUCUUUCUUUCUUUUUUAUUUUUAUUUUUGUAGUUAAUGAAAUAUUCAGUCUUCGAAGAUUAAAAAAGAAAUGCCUGACAGCACAAUGUAUGUACAUUUAAUAGUGAUGCAUUUUACCCACUUCAUAUUUAUUUUCCAAACUGUCAAAAGGCAGUGGCACAAUCAACAAGGAUGCUGUCCGCUGAAAAAAACAUCAGCCUGGUUCAAAACAAACGCAUGUUGGGAGACUCGACGCAGAGUGCCAAGCAUCUCUUACACGUACAGAACAAAUCUCUCGUGCCCUUCUGAAACCGCAGGACCUACAAAUGACGUUUACUGAAGAACACCGCAGGAAAAAAAGAGACCUAUUUACAGGUGCGUAUCACACCCUGAAACGCCCCUCUUAAUUUUAUGUGAAGGACGAAACAAAAACUGUGAAGAUAUUUCUGAGCUUUUCGGCUUACUGUGUCUACAGAUUUAAUCACCUGUUUCUGAUGUGAUGUUUAGAAAAGACAGGAUGUUUCUGAAUGUUAUUGCAGUUGGUCUUUGUGAAGUACAUGUUUCUCAUUAUUAUCCUUUUCUUGGUUGUUUUUUUAAAUGGUUCUUCCAGAGCAAGUGAUGAUAGGGGAGCUUUUUAAUGAUUUGUUUGUAUACAUUGUUGUCAUAAUCUAUUGUGUUUCAGUAGCUCAUUUUUGAUAAUUAAAAACUAUGACUCUAGUGGACC